GUCACCUGUGACAGCUGACACUUCCGGGAAGAUGGCGGCUUGGAGACGAUUUUUCACCACCCUGGCUCCUAGAUUGGGGGCUGUCGGGGGCACUGGGCUGAGGAGCGGGAGGAGCGCUGCUCGCUUGGCUGGAGUGGCGGUGGCCGGAGCGGUGUGCGGAGGGUUGUGGCUGGUGAAGGGGAGAGGAGAGCCGGCAGCGGGACUAAUGACGGUCUGCGCACAGAAAGAAGAAAUUGUAGAUGAGGCACAAGAGAAACAGUCUCUCCGGAAGUUGCGUUUCUUGCAGUUUGCUUCAUUGGAGUACGAUGGAGAGUAUUACAUGACCCCAAGGGAUUUUCUUUUUUCUGUCAUGUUUGAGAAUGUUCAACGUAAGACCAACAGUAAAGUCUUGACAAAAAAGGAGUUUGAUGCCAUGCUUACCCAGGCAGCCAAAGCAAAACCAGGUCCAAGAUUGUUCAGAGACUUAGGCGAUAAAGGACUCAUCUCCUACACAGAGUAUUUAUUCCUGCUGACAAUCCUUACAAAACCAAAGACUGGAUUUGAUUUUGCUUUCAAGAUGCUGGAUACUGAUGGCAAUAAACAGGUGGAAAAGAGGGAGUUUUUCAAGUUGCAGAAAAUUAUGGGCACAAAAGAUGAAUUCAAGACAGCUCCUACACAGGAUACUUUGUCAGACAGUGAUGACAUCAAUACCACGUUGCUAGUUCAUUUCUUUGGACGGGGAGGACGGGAAAAGCUGCAGUAUUCUCAUUUCUACAGAUUUAUGGAGAAUUUACAGACAGAAGUUCAAGAAAUGGAGUUUGCCCAGUUCUCGAAGGGAUUGAACUUCUUGAGAAAGGAGGAUUUUGCAGAGUGGCUUCUUUUCUUCACUGAUGAGGAGAACAAUGACAUCUACUGGCAGAAUGUGAAAUCCAGGAUUCCUCCAGGCGAAAACAUCAGCUUGGAGGAAUUUAAGAACUUUUAUCAUUUCAUGAACAACUUGGAGGAUUUCUCCAUCACAGUGAAGAUGUUUAGUGUGGCCAACAGGGCGGUGAAAUUAGCUGAAUUCAAGAGAGCUGUUAAAGUGGCAACAGGCCAGGAACUAUCAGAAAACGUGUUGGACACAGUUUUUAAGAUCUUUGACCUGGAUGGGGACAACUGCUUGAGCCACGGAGAGUUCCUGGGCGUUCUCAAGAACAGGCUGCACAGAGGCUUAAAGCAUGCCCCCCAACAACAAGGCUUUCAGGGUUUCUUGAAAUGUGUCAAGCGAGAGACCAUUAAAGGAGCUAACGAAGCCUGGAAGCAAACUGGAAAAAGCCCUUUUUAAUGUAUUUGUGUUGCCUUUGGCUUGCUGGCUAGAUUGCUCUUUUUUGUUUGCGUUGUUUACUUGUAUACAGCGGUGUGCAUCUUCUGCCAUGUAUUUAAA